UUGCAUCAUGACUGCUCCACGGGUUGAUCUCGCCGCCUCUUCCAGCUCUCUACCGUUUUCUAUCGAGAAUAUUUUGCGACAGAAUCAUGAGAGUCGGACGCCGGUCGGUUGCUCGACGUCCGCAUUUCGUCCGGUCGGCAAGAACGGAUUUCGACCGGUUCUGGAGCGAAUCGCGUCGCCGCUCUGCGUCGAGCGAUUCGAAUUGGACGGUAGGUGUGCUGUUGUCGUCAUGUGCGGGUGUGUAGACGUGAAGCAUAGCAUACCGUUUCGUCAAUCGCAAAUCGGUCAUUUAAGAGUGACACUUAUUGUCUAUAAUAGAUGCUCCAAACGAGCGCUCUCUCACCAACAGCUCGCACCACCACUCGGACAAGUGGCUAGAUGAGAGAUAUCCUCAUAUACUAUCCGGAAAACGCCUCAAGUCGAGGUUCACUGAGCAUCAAGUGACUGUGCUUGAGCAUGU